GCACUUUCCUUUUUUUUUUUUCUUUCCCCAUGACUACUUCCCAGGCACCUGCCUCAACAACAACCAACAACAACAAUAAUACUUCAUUCUUUUCUUCAUUUGCAUCAUCCUUUGUUCCUAGUAAAACCGCCACGGAUAUCAGCAAGAAAUUCAACUCAUUUACACAAACAUUACAACAACGCGCUCGUGAACUUCCGAAGAACAUCUCUCGUUUACCCGAUACUUUGGAUGCGGAACACGAUAAUUUUGUCAGGAACAAGAAGACUAUUGAUGAAAAGGAAGUAUCCACACGCUCAGAGUUGGUGAUGCCUUGGGAUGGUUAUGGUAUUUAUGAACAAGAACUGAAACGACGUAUAUUGGAGAUCCCAGAGGAUCAGCGUAACUUUAUCAUUCCUCCUCCUGAAGAUACUACGUUUGAAUUCGACUUGAAAGCUUACAGUCAAUCCGCACGCGCCAUCCUUACCCAAGACAAAGCAUUAUCUCAUAUGCGGUUUUUAUUGGUCCCACAACAAGUGAAUGAAGUUACAUUUUGGAGAAAUUACUUUUAUAGGGUCACCACUGUCAAGAAAGCUGUACUCUCUGACACAACUAUUCAAUCUAACUCUACGAUCAACAAUGAAAAGGCAAAAAACGAUGGUGUACUCUUUGAUUUUGCUGGAGGAAGUGAUGAUGAUGAUGAAGAAGAAGGAUAUGUUGAUGAUAAGGCCAAAAAUAUCCAACAUGACCAAGAAUCAAAGCAAGAGUCUAACAAGAAGCCUAUCGAUGACACCAAGACUAUGAAAACAACUGUGGAUCAACCUUCUGUAUUAGAGGACGACGAAAUGGAAGAAUGGGAAAGGGAACUACGACGUGCUGCUGCUGAAGGUUUAUAAAUACCAAGUUGAGUUAGAUUUGUUUGAUACAUAUUCCCCAUCCUCUAUCUCUUUUCUUUUUUUUCUUCUCUCUCAUCCCUUUUACAUAUAUUAUCUUGUUAUUAUACUUCUAUUGUUGACCAUAUAUUUUAUGUGUUAUUAAUAAAGCACGCUCCGAUCUUUUCUUGGAGCUUUCUAAAAU